GUGAAAUGAAGAGACAGCUGCAAGUGGAGCCCAGUCUAGAUUUGAGGAGAUCAAGCACUCACUUCACUUGGAGAAAGAGAGAAGGAAAGAAGCCUAGGGCUUAGCAGGGAUUUCCAGGUUCAUUGGGCAGGACCAUGGCUCCACGUUCACGGCGGCAAAAGCAUAAGAAGCUUCCAUCAGUGACUCCCAUGGCUGUAAUACCACCCACAGUAGUGUCUCCUGUGCCUUGCACCCUCUCAAAACCUGACCCUAGCAUUGAUGCACUUGGCUUCUUCUCCUUGGACAAUAAUGUCCCUGGUCUGUCUGAGCUGAUCCUCCAGAAGCUAAACAUGAAAAGCUAUGAAGAAUACAAGUCGGUGGUAGAUGGAGGUAUCCCAUUAACAGGUUUUGGAUUUCGAAGUCCACAAGAAAUGUUCCAGAGGAUGGAGGACACAUUCCGAUUUUGUGCUCACUGUAAAACACUCCCUAGUGGACUUUUAGACUCCAAGGUUCUGCGGCACUGUAAGAGGUGCAGAAAUGUUUAUUACUGUGAUACAGAGUGCCAGAGGUCAGAUUGGCCAGCACACAGGAAGGUUUGUCAGGAGCUUCGUCUUGUGGCUGUGGAUCGUGUCCUGGAAUGGCUUCUGGUCACAGGCGAUUUUAUUCUACCCUCAGGACCUUGGGCAUGGCCAUCUGAAGAUAUACAGGAUUGGGAUUCCUGGUUUUCUAUGAGAGGUUUACAGCUCGAGGCUACAUUGGAUGCUGUGCUAGGUAGUCAUGCUAUGACCACACUUUGGGCCAGUGUAGGAAGGCCAAGGCCAGAACCAGAGGUCCUUCAUGGUUCUUUGAAGCGGUUGAUGACAGAUGCCUUGUCACGGCCCUUGACACUGGGCCUAGGACUUAGGGCUCUGGAGAUAGAUGUUGGGAAGACUGGGGGAAGUACAUUGCAUGUAGUAGGUGCUUCCCAUGUGGAGACGUUUUUCAUUCGUGCUGGGGACUAUAAUGAGCUUGGCUACAUGUUUCCUGAACACCUUGGCUUCCAUGUGAUCAUGGUGGGUGUGGAUGUCGCAGCUGGCUUUUUACAGAGCACCUCAGCUUCACCCCUGGAACCUGGAACAAUUCAGCUUAGUGGCCACAGAGGCCUCUAUCAUGAUUUCUGGGAGGAGCAGGUAGAGACUGGGCAUCUGACUCGUCCAGAUUUGGUGGCAGCAUUCCAUCCAGGUUUCCAUGCCUCACCAAACUUGAUGGAAGCUUGGCUACCUACCCUGCUACUACUUCGUGAUUAUGGGAUUCCUACAUUGAUUACUGUUUACAGCCAACAGGAAUUGGCAGCCUCUUUGCAGAUUCUGGUGAAUUUGGAUACACACGUCAUUGCCUAUGGAGCUAACCCUUUCACGUCCCUCAAACCUGAACAGGUUUAUUCUAACCCCAACAAGCAGCCAGUAUACUGCAGUGCCUACUACAUCAUAUUUCUUGGAAGUUCCUCUUGCCAGCUAGAGAAGAAGCAAUUAGAAGAGAAAAUAGAUGAUGGGUGUUCAGUAGCUGAGCCAGAUUCUAACUGAAUGCCUGGAAAAUGGGGGCAGUUGUAAUCAAGUUACCCUGCUGAUGUCAAAUUGUUGCUAGCUUUGAAACCUACUACAUCCUAAGCCCCAUUCCUAGUCCAAGUAAAGAUUCUAAAUCAAAUGAGAGCUCCAGUAUGAUAUGACUCAUUUCUUUUGAUUUUUCCUGGU